AUGCCCAUUACAACAUGGCCCACAGGUACGUCCAUGCUUCUUACUUAAUGUCACCUAUCACUCCAUGGUAUUUUGUUAAAUAAUACAUGUCUGCCUGCCUGACUGACUGUGUGUAUGAGGUUGUCUACAAGAACGAAAAUAUGUGUGACAAUUCGCAGGUAUCAACGCCGGUCUCUGUACCCGGAUCUGCUGACAGAUCAACAUUUUGCGCUUCACUGCCGAGAUGCUGGAAGGGUGCAUUGUGGAAAGCAUGUUAAAGCCUAUUACUCGAUUAAUUCACGAUUAUAUGUCACAAAUCUACCUAACUCCUAGAGCCAAAUAUGACAACCGCGAAUGCGCAUUCAUGCAGACAUCAUUAUUCACAGAUUUAACUGAUCGACUCGCAUGAGGUAAGGGAUGUGUCUUGACUUCUGUGAGUAAUGUUACCGUCAGGUGUUUCGCACCUCACUCUGCAUGGCUGUGGCCUCUCCACCACAACACUAGAUAGACUCUGCUGUGCGCAUAACGCAGUUUAGAUGAAGUCUACGCGGACCAAAUUAUCGCAAGAAUUCCAGCCGCGCUUUGUGACUUUGCGAGGCACAAUGUGCCAAAUUCGUAAUUUCACACGCCAUAGUGCAGCCCAAUACCUAAUCAGACUGCCCACAUAAUUAUCUGACAUUAGGCUAUCUGAGAUUUUCUGCGUGAACACCGACCUUUUCGUUAUGCUGAAGCAGCUUUGUAUACAUGGAUAAAACACGAAAACAUCUUCAAAGACGUUCAACAGCUUUCAUUACAAUAAUCAAAAAUGGUUAUGUGCUGGCCAACUGGGUACACCGGCAUGUGUGUGCAUGCAUUCCAACUAGCAACAGUACACAAAAACACGUCAGUUCAAACGUCGUUGCCGACGGUGUCCACUGUGUACUCUACAGCAUGGUGGGACAAGCGACAGUGGCUUGCUCGGGGGUUUAUAGUGCUAGUAGACUUGCGCUGCAUUUACCACAUUCUCUCCUCUUCCCCACCUGAGACGGGUGUCAAGAUAGAGUCAAGAAGACCAGAGAUGAGGGAGGACGCAGAUGUAUGGCAUGGUCGAGCCUUAGCGCUUCACUCCGCACGCCCUAGUCCACACAAAAAAUGACCAGGAUUUUGAUCACCGAACAGAGAUUGGAUGCUGUCAUGGCCGAAGCCGCAACUUGGUGUGCCGCCAACGCCUGGUUCGGAUCGCACACUGUGUUUGGAAUGCCAUAAAGGUCACAUUACGAAUGAGCCAUUGCAGCCUGACCCCCAGACAACCAACCGAACACUGCACACAGACACACGCACAACACUGGGCUGACAGUGAGUUCUAAGUUAUCUUGUCAGUUGGCAACAUUGCAAUUCACGGUUUUUGGCCCACCGUGAUAGCUUUAAGUGAGGAAUAUGUGCUGAGUCGUCGACCUCAGUCUCACUUUCAAUUCUCGUGCAUCAGCCACUGUACGAGCCGGUCAGUUGACUGAAGCGGAGAUUGGGCACGGUGGCCGACAUGUUCUAGUGGACUUGUCUGCUCGCGCCACAUGCACGACCUGACCAACCAAACACAAAUAUACACCAGGAUUUCACACAACGUGGGUUGAGCGGUGUAUCUCUCCCAUACGUGCGAUUGCCAUGGAUGGAGCCGCUUCGACCCCGCCUCCAGCCUAACACUCAGCCAUUCCACACAAACACAAACAACUGGACGGAGUGCGUGUACCAGAAUAGGGCGUCAGUCAGCAACUUGCCAAUCCACGACGCUUGACGCGUCAAGACGGUCUCAGACUCGACUCACUCGUGCAACAGGAGCCGCAUAGUGACCGAGUCGAGACGCAGACUUCCCACUUGCGUGCGAGGUGUCAUUUGGGUGCUUGCGGUGGGUGACGUUGAUGAGCGGUGAGGUGGCGGAGAGGGGGGAUGUGAUGGUGUGAUUCAGCCGGCGGUGGUCUACCGUAGGUUUUCAUGGCUGAAUAAGUCCAUGCGGUGUCUGAAUGCGUGAGGAGAGCGUGGACAGUGGAGGCGGAUGCGGCGGGUGUAUGUGGGUGCUUCAGUCACUGGUUCGCCCGUCUCCGUGCGACGGACUCGCAAGUGAAUGACCAGACCUAUGUGUGAGGCGAAGGAACGGUCACAUUGGGCACACGUAUGGACCGUGUGCACAUCGCUAGAGCUAAAGUUGGUGACGUCGAUGCUUGAGGGCGUGUAGGGAAAGCAUAAAGGUGUGGUGGGUGCAGGACCGCCGUAGCGUUUGUUGAGGUGAUGGAGCAGGAGGUUCGCAGUGGGCGUUCAUGAGUGCGGUCGGUGUUUAUUGCCGACCGGAGGGGGGAGGCAGAUGAGGGAGCGGGACAUCAGGUGAGUCUGCCAGUCCUAUGGCGCCUGGUUCACUUCCGGUAGAAGCGUCUGCUCUCAUACUUGAUAAAUAGUUCGGGAGCAUGGCUGCGCCGUUACACCUGUCGUCAUUCUGACCCUUUGUAGCGCUACUGUUGGUUAAAAUGCUCGUCAAGCGUUUUUUGUAGAUCAGGGGAUGUGGUGAUACGCAUGGGUGCGGGUCUGGCUGUGCCAACCACAUGUAUCCACUCUCAUAUCCGGCCUUCUUGAUAAUGUCUUGUCAUGAGGCACAGGUGAGAAGGAUGAUAAGAAGGAGGUGGAGGAGGAGAGAAUGCGGUAGAUGAUGUGGAAGACUAUUUGCAAUAAAAACUGGCACACGCGUAAUUCGCCGUGAAAGACCAAACUUGCUGAGGACACAUGGUGGAUAUUGUCGAGUUCGUCAGUCGUGUGGGGUGGAUAACAGAGCUAAGCCAACUUUACAGAUAAACAGACUGCGUUUGAGUCGACGCGACUGACAAAUACUUUAUUUAAAUUGUGAAACGCUGUCAAUAAAUAUCAUGAUGAGAUAAAGUGUCAUUGACAUACAGAGAGUUAGAGUUACAGUGUAAAGUAAACAUGGGAAAGGACGGGCAGAAGGCAUGAUACCGUGGCACAUUGCGUACAUCUGUAUGCAACUAAAGACUUGCCAUGCAAAGACAAAAUGACUUCUUAGUCCAGCAUCGUCGAGGAUGACAUCUUAGCCGACACAGUCGAAGUCCAAUGGACUGCAGUAAGGCUCUCCUCAUUGUCGGUUGAUUAUAGCAUAAUGUAUUUACACCAUCGUCCCUAGUCAUUAUGCCCUUACACAAACACUACUUCACACGAUCACUCUGAUUUUCAUAUGUGCAGCCGGUCAGGAGGCGAAAAAUGUCCGUUUCCCGCAUAUUACACCUCGGUCAGUUGUGGUGACUUGGAGUGCUCCGGACAGACCACAAGGCGAAAUCAAGGCCUAUCAAGUCGAGGCAACGAAUUCGGAAACAGGCAGUAAGGAAAUCAUGGUGGCAUUGAGGAAUGAAACAACGUUCUCCGAUCUGGAACCAAACACAACCUACAACAUAUCGAUCAUGGUUGAAAACAUGCCACUCAGUGGUCAUGGUGGCGGUGUCGGACCAGCUGUUACAGCAGCAGUCACGACCUUGCCGUUGGGUAAGCGUUGCAAGCAUAACUUACUGCAUUUUACUGGAUACUGCUGACGAGAAUAAGUCCGUUUCAGUGGAAACGUUCACUUCUGCGCUCGUUGCACUGGAGGUGGUCGGAGCAGUUCAAUAUCAAGUGAAGGAUGAUUGGUUGAGCUGGCAAUAGGUUGUUGGGUUAUUGAAGAUCAUUUGGAAUGAAGUAAGAAGGGGCAAUUUCGUAGAUUCCAAUGUUCUUGUUCGGAAACGAUUUGAUUGUGUCCCUGGGAUAGUGAAUUAGACAACAUGUCAUGCAAUGACACGAAGGUUGCAGGUUAUGUGACUGAUUUCUGACAGUCGGUUGUCCAAAUUAAUUUCUUAAGCCCGCAUUAACGCCACCAGCAAUUAGGAAUACCUAAUAUCCGCAAUGAAUAUACUAGCCUAAUUGUUGUUUAAUCGGGGAGCGUCGAAUGUGAGUUAGUGGAUCAGGAUGCUGUCUUUAUCCAGUGGACAGACUGCUAGAAAUGCGUUUGUUUGGCCGGUCGACUGACUAUCAUCCCACUUCGCACGUGGAAUGAUUCUGACUGGUCUUACGUCUGUGAGCAGGAUGGCUAGCGCAUGCUAGGCUGAUAUUCAUGGAUCUCCUCUAUCUGCAGCAUUCAUCACACAGUUUCUUCUGUCCUCGUGGACUGUGUUCUGUGGUCCCUCUGCAAGGUCGGAUAUGAGCGGUUCUCGGAGAAAGAAUGAGGGUGAGAGACUGGACAUUGACAUUCCCCACCUAGGUGUAUCCCAUUGAGAAGAACCUGCGCAUGCACCCACGUGCUUCUAACUGGCCCACACUUGUAAUACACCAUUACAAUGCAGCCUUAAUCGUGCGUCCAUUGCGCAUAAUGGCUAUUGACCUUAUGCCAUCGCGGUCCACGAAGUGUGACGUGAGAUUUCAAGGGGCACUGUGGUUGGCGCACAGCAUCAAUAAGCAGGACAGUGCGGCCUGCAGGUCUCAGUUAUUGACUAUCCUGUCGACCGACUGAGGACUCCAGUCUUGCAGAUGUGACUUGCUUUGAAAUUUCCCGCCAUUCCAAUAUGUGAUCGCAGCUGAUGAAUCCACUCUGCGCGUAGGCAUGAAUUUCACCAAUUUGGCCCUUUGCAGAUAAUGAGAAUCACAACUUGAAUGUGCAAGGCGUGGCAACGAGUUCGGACUCCAUUCGUGCCACCUGGACGCAUCCGUCUGGCCUUUAUCACCGAGACAUGCAGGAUUACCUUGUUCAACUCGAGGGGCCCCAUAUUUCUCGCCAGAAGUCAGUACGACCAGGCACAACCACCUACACAUUCACAGGACUGCCGCCAUUUACCAACUUCACAGUUGCUGUGAAGAUUAGGUUCCGCAAUACCUCAACAUCCUUUGAGUACGCUGAAAUGCCCAUUACAACAUGGCCCACAGGUGCGUCCAUGGUUCUUGCAUUAAUGCCACCUAUCACUCCAUGGUCUUCUGUUAAAUAAUACAUGUCUGUCCGCCUGACUGACCGUGUGUAUGAGCUGGUCUACAAAAACGCACAUAGGCGUGAUAAUUCGCAGGUAUCAACGCAGGUCGCUGUUCCCGGACCUGCUGCAAGAUCAACGUUUUGCGCUCACUUACCGAGAUGCUUCGAAGCUACAUUGUGGAAAGCACAUUGAUGCCUAUAUCCCAUGUAUUCACGAUUAUAUAUCACUAAUCUGCUUUACUCCCAAAGUCAAAUAUUACAAUCGCGCAUGCGCAUUCAUUCACGCUGGAUGAUAUGUGCUCGUUUGGGCUGUUGGUCGGUCUCAUCAUACUUUUCCCGGUGAAAUCCGUCAAUCUUGUCGAUAGCCAGUGCGGGUGUGAUGGUGGUGAGUAAUGAGAUCACGUUAAAUGACACCAUCACCUCUUCUGCCUCCACUUCGACACGUUUUAUGCGCGUCAAGAACUCUUUUACCGACUUCACUGUCCACCCCGAAUCUUUGGUAAGGAAAUAAAGUCGCUGGUACAGUUACUUUGACAGCCCAAUUUUGGAGUACCACGCAAGGUGACUAUGUGGCUUACCGCCCCCCCCUGCUUAUGGGCCUUUGGUAGGCCGUAGAAGUGCGCCAUCGCGGCAUCACUGGCUUUUGCGGCCAACGCUUCCCUUCUCGUAAGUGCUCCCGCCUUCCUUAGCUUGCCGAUCGUAUUGUUUAUGCUGUUUACGAGCUUUUUAAACUCGCUGACGGUCGACGGCGCUUUAACUUCCUUGUCCAUAAAGAGGUUGUCUAGUUUUGUGCGGUACUCAGCCUUAUCCAUGACGACAGUCGAGCGCCCCUUGUCGGUGGGCAGGGUGACAAUAUCCUUUAUUUUUCGUAUUCUCAGAAGUUAUCGAUCUUCUGCUUUAGAUCUCGUCACCUGGCGUUUGUGUUGGAGGAGUAAGGUCGACACUUGUUUUUGCAUGGGGUUUUUGCACUCCUCGCCUGCCUCACACUUCUGGAGCGCCGAUUCAAACGAUGCAAUAAAGUCUUCUAGUCGAGCAUCUCUUGUGCUGAACUUCGCGUCAUAGGAUAGAACCGAUGGUUGUUGCUAAGUGAAACAAUGAGAGGACAAGUUGUGAACCAAGGCACGGCCAGUAGAGGACUGCUGUGGCGGAGUUACCAGCUGGUACCCCCCGCCCCCCUCCCCCGGAAAUUCUGGGCCAGAUACAUCGACGGCACUUUCGUUGUAAUCAAGAGGAGCGAGGUGAAGGCUUUCAAGGCAUUGUUGAAUUCAAUCUUCCCCGACAUUCAGUUUACUCUGGAAGAGCAAGUCAACAAUCAGUUGCCCUUCCUGGACGUACAAGUUACGAGAUUGACAGACGGGAAGAAAAAGGACAACGGUUUACCGUAAGGCAACAAAUACUACGCGCAUCCUCCAUUUCCGAAGCAACCACCCUGUUGGUCAUAAACGCAGUUGUGUCAGAACUCUCUUUUAGCGUGUUCAAACACACUGUAGCGACGACAGUGGGAGAAAGGAUAAGGUGAAUUACUAAGAGGCCCUUUUUAAAGCCAACGGCUACCCGAAGUCCUUCAAACGCAAUUGCCUCAGAAAGCCUCAUUUUGAACGGUCGAGUGGAGAAAAGCCCAAGUUCUGGCUCUCAAUACCCUAUGUGAAGGACGUAUCGGAGGCGACGGCGAGAAUCUUGAAACCUUAUGGGAUUGGCGUGGCUCAUAAACCAGAAAGCACCCUCAGACAGCAAAUGAUGAAGCCCAAAGACCCUCUACCAACAACAGAGCAGUCGGCGGUGGUCUACAACAUAACAUGUCUAAAUUGCAAUGCGAGGUAUGUUGGUGAAACGGGCAAACCUCUCGGUACAAAAUUGCACGAACAACAACUUGCAAUCAACCGCAAGGACAAGCUGUCUUUGGUCUACGGCCACAUACGAGAACUGGACCACGAUUUUGCCUUUGAGAAUGCAAGGGUAAUUGGUCGAGCCAAUGAGAAGAUGGCCAGACUGGUGCUCGAAAUUUGGUCCUCGACUGGCACACAACCGAGCUAUAAAUCUACAUCCCGCCUAACAGGCGCUGCGUAAAAUGCUCGGCUCAGUCCGGACAGGACCAGUAAGGCUAACGAGCACGCGGGACCGAUAGUCAACGCUCACAGAAAAGAGCGGAGCUGUGGGCCAGAGGUCAUGUGACCAAAGCCGAACACUGUCUCACUUAUGCGUCGGUGAAGAUGAAUGCUGCUCACAUGAACAGCAAUGACCGAUCUGUCCACCGGCUGACGUGGGAUAGGCCAACCGGCACGUUGAUUUGAAUACAAUUACGCCGACCCGAAAGGGAACAAAGGUCACGCAGACCUGUCUGCGGUCAGUCCCGCGGAGGUCUAUGCCAGUCAGCGGCAAACAGGCAGGUCAAAGUUCGUGCGUCGAGCACGGCUAUAAUAAGAGACAAGCGGCAAGAUUGAACAACGGCAGGAGCAACAAGUACGCUACUCAGAUGAUGGAAACGACGAAGUUUCCGAAACGUCAGUUCGAAUACAAUAUGAUCCAUGAAUUCGCCCUCUCGUCUUCUUCGGGAAAUGAUGAAAUAGAUACUAGAUUUCAUAUUUUUCCCUGUGUACUUUUCUGUCCAAUGCCGCAAAUUUGACCAAACUCUCAGCCCCGCAUAUUACAGUGAUGUCGCAUUUUUCUACCCAUGUUUAGAUGUCCUGCAUUUGACCUCUUUAUUUGUAUGCUUUUCAAUUAAACACCUCCCAUGCCUUUAUAUCGAUUGUUGGAGUUGUAUGCACUGCCUUUAUUUUGACCAUUAGUAUUGCCUUCCUUCCCUUCUCAACUUUUCCGCAUUUUGACCACACAGUCGAUUUUCGCUUUUUCUAAACCCACAUGUGAUCUUUUAUCGUCCCAUGGGGAAGGUCCAAGGUUGCAUUAGAAUCAUAGUACCUUUUCGUUAAGGACCAAGUAUAUGGGCAUCGUAAAAAACCACGAAGCAUUACGUGCUAUAGGUUUCACAGCAUGUGUUGCUUGUUAGUUUUUUUUCCGGUCCUUCAUCGGCGAGAUUGCAUUCAUGUGCAAGUAAUUGGUGCUUCUUUUCGGAAAUCUAGAAGGCGGUUUUAAGUACUUUACCUCAUGGCGUUAACCGACCGCAUUAUUAUUUAUUCUAAUGCGUGCAGGAAGUUUCGUCACGAAAAAAGCCCCCUGGGCCUCCGUGUCUGGCUGAAGGUAAGCCAUGCAAUGGUUUCCGAUUCACGCGUCGUAAUAGACAUCCUAGCUUGAACCGCGCAUCUACAGGUCUUUGACGGAUAAUUUGCGUUGGCCAAAAUAUUUCUUCUCAUACUUUCACUAAACUAAUAACAUAUACAUUCGUAAUUCCUAAUUAAGUAGAUUCAUUUUCGAGCUGCUCUCAUUUUCCAACCCCAUUCUGUUUGUAGCUGGUCAGAAAGUGCAGAAGCUGCGCUUAAUACAAGCAACAUCAACAACCGCUAUAUUAUCUUGGAGUCAGCCCGAAUUUCCAAAGGGCAUAAUCAGCAAGUAUCACGUGGAGGUGAAGGAUGCAAUCAGUGGUCAGACGAAAAGCCUGACAAGUACCGAUUCGAACAUUACGUUAACCCAUUUGGGACACUCCACAACGUACACGAUUUCAGUUUCAGUGGAGAACCAGAAACUUCACGGCAAAGGAGGUGGAGUUGGAGAAACCGUGUCAAUGCAGCUGACGACCGAAGGAGCAGGUAGACACAAGGUUUCACAUUUCACCACGUCGUCUGUGAAGUAUGUCGUAAAUUUUAUAAUGCCAACCAGAAAAAGAGAUCCACCGAAAUUUAUACCAUUCCAGUUGCAGUUUUUUGGUAAGGAUAAUAGGCGAGGCCUUUAAAAACCUACUGAUUACAUGUCACCCCGUUAGGUACAACUAUACACGAACAGUGAGAAUCCUUCAUAUUAAAACAAUACUUAGUUCCUUUGAGUAGCAUUAUUUCACAGAAACAAAUUUAAAAGUUCCCAAUCGUUGAUGUAAUGAACUCUCCCUGUCAUUGUCAAAUAUAUUUCACAUUGUAUCCUAACUAAUACCGAAGACGCAGGAGAGCGCUGUCAGUUUCACAAUGUCAUUCUUUACAGUCUCCAUUAAGAGUUGGAUGUACAGUGAUGAAAGGUCUCAGUGGAACGCAGUAAUUUGUCCACCAUGAAAGUACAUUCCGGUCGUUGUUUCAUCCGUAUGUCUUUAUGACGUUAGCAGAUUUAUGAAAACCAUGGCACGUGCCGAUUUGCUUCCCAAUUUCGAGGCCAUUUUACUGAAGGUGGUUCGCACCAUACAACUGGUUCAUUAAGACUUUGUUGUCGACAAGGAUAUUAAAUCUUUUUCAAGAUUAUCUGAGAUAAUGACCGUAUUUACGCUUUCUGCUAACCAUUUCAGUUCGUCCAGCGUGUGGAAUACAGGAACUUACUCCCCCCGCUUGGCUUCCUCGUCAAACUAGUCGACGCGAAGCUACUCCGCAUAGUUGGCCAUGGGCGGUAAGAUAAAGCGCCAGAUUUUGCAUUUUAAAUUUCGUACUCCCACUUUAAGUGAACACCAUCUAUACUGUCCUUCUCACCGCACAGUAUUUAACAGUCUGGUUUUGUCUGUCUGCUUAGAUCUUUGUUGUAUUAAUUUUGAUUUUACAUAGCCUUUUACAUCAACUGAUGGGCUGGUUUUGCAUUUUACUGCGAAUUUGCAGGUUGGUCUUUACGCCAGUGUCAGAGGAGGAUAUCCGUAUUGUGGUGGAACGCUGGUUGCCCCUGAUUGGAUUAUUACUGCAGCCCAUUGUGUUGAAAUGGCCAUGAAAUGCAUACCUGCCCCUGUGGACAAACCAUUCUCCUAUAAGGCUCUCACAAAUUCCACCCUUUUUGCCCGAGUUGGUGAUCACAAUCUUGCCAGAACCGAGACCUCUGAAAAGGAUCGCAUUGUUCAGAACAUCGCAAUGCAUCCGCAAUACCGGUCAGGCAGCAGUGACAAUGACAUCGCCCUGAUGAAGUUGGAAAGACCUGUCGUGGCUGGUAACUGCGCUGGCUUUCUCAUUUGUUCAUGCCUGCCUAUGUCUUUCAUUGUUAUUGCGGACAAAUAUGCAAGUAUACACAUAUUCAUUAUUUUGCUCAUUCGGUAGAAAAUUAGGUCUUCUUCUUAUUUUAUACUCGAAGGAGGGACAUACUUCGGUUUAAGAAGUUUCUAAUUGUUAGGCUUUUACAUAUCAUGAAAUGGCCAAUCAUAAAUCGUCAUGGCUCUGCGUUUAACAAUUGGAGUAGAUGGGUUUACUUAUGAAAUGUUAACCAAAAUUUCGAAAUGCGUUCUCGUUUCGAAAAGAUAAAUUAAGUAGUGUUGUAAAACUAAUCAUGAUGCUGUAUAAAUCUAUAAUGAUCCAGUUACCUCAGUGUGUCAGCUUUCGAAAAAACUUAUUUUCGAUUGCAAAAAAGAUCUUUACUCUGCAAAAAAUGACUACGUAUGUAGCAUGCAAUUUUCUCAUUGAUUUUCGAUGCCCUUGAAAAUUCAAUUAUAUGUCAUGGAAAACAUGCACAAAAAUAUUUAGUCUUUUACUUAUUCGGUAGAAAAUCACGUCAUCUUUCAAUUUUACUUUCGAAAGAAUGGCAUAAAUAAGGUUUUAAAAAGUUUCUAAUUGUGAGAUUUUUUAAUGCCGUUAAGUGGCCGUUCAUAAAACGUCAUGUAUCUGCAUUUACAAAUGUGGCUUGCGAAUUUAACAAUACUGCGCAAAUCCACUGCUUAAACUUAUCAACCUCAUGUAGUCUCCUCUCACCACCGUAGAGAAAUGUAUGGUUUUCCGUUAACGGAAAAUAUACAGCUUGUAGUUUUGAAACCCUGAAUGCAAGUGUAACAGUAGGUCGGGUUCAAAAUUAUUCGGGAAUUAGAAAAGUUUCUUAAAACUGAAUUAUACUCUUUUUGAGCAUGAAAUUUGAAGAAGACGUAAUGUUCUACCGAAAAAGUAAAAGAAUAAAUAUUCUUAUGCAUGUUUUCCAUUAAAUAUUAUUGAAUUUUGAAGGGCAUCAAAAAUCAAUGAGAAAGGUGCAUGCUUCUUAAGUAGUCUAUUCUUCAGAGUAUAGAUCUUGCAUAGAGCCGGAAAUAAGUUGUUUCGAAAGCCGACACCUUGAGAUAACUGGAUCAUUAUAGAUUUAUUCUGCAUCAUGACUAGUUUUACAACACUACUUAAUUUAUCUUUUCGAAACGAAAACGCACUUCGGAAUUUCGGUUGACAUUUCAUGAGUUAGCCCACCUACUCUAAGUAGCUAGUCAAACAGAGAAUAUUGUUAUAAUCAUACCUAUCAAUCUCACAGGACAAGCACAUGACCACACAUAAUGGAUUGUUCGUAUGAUUCUGCUCAUCACGUGAGCAAAUUUAUGCGUUGUCGUUUAUAUCUAGUUCGCUAUGGUCAUACUUGAACAGCAAUCAAUGUUUGGCGAUUGUCUAUUGUUAGAUGAAUGUCAAUCCAACUUUGCAGAAGUAAAAGGCAAUGAUGCCCACACUUCGCUACAUGUCCUCUACCGUUGUGCUGUUUAGCGCGUUGGGCAUCACAGACGCGAUGCUGAAGAGUUUUUCAGUCAGUCCCGGAAAUAAUUUUGACUUAUGGCCACUGAUUAAGUGAACAUCAGGUUAAAGAAUGUGGGAUCAAAUACAUAGUCCUCGUCCAACUCAUUUCUUGCCGAGAAUGCUUCAGAGACUCGCUGUUUCGUCCACAACGCGAUCUGUGAUCCAGUUCUGUAGUUGUCACAUAAUCUGCGUGCGUAGAUCUGACCAUCCUAAUCCCAGUAUUAUCUUCAAGGUAUUACUACAGUUCACUGUGUUUAAGGCCUUCUUAAGGUAGGGCGAUGACAAACCCGCAUUUCCAAAAAAAAUUUGUAAUUUGCGAACUGCAAUAAUUAUUCUCCUGGUUUUCGGAAUUCUUUUCGGAAUUCCUGGUGAUCUUCUGUAAGGCCUCCCUGAUCCUGUUGCGUGUACUGUCAAUUGCAUAGGACUGUCAAGCUAAUUUUGCAGUAAAUUCAAGUUGUGGUAUGUUUCUGUGGGCAUCAUAUACUUGCCGGUUUUAUGAAGUUUUCCGGCCGUAUAUUUCGGAUUUGCUACGCACAUUGUUGUGCUUGCUCAAACCUGCAUGCAUAGUGUCGCCUAUGCGUGGCAGUAGCUGGCAAGUCGUCCACAGAAAAUAGCCAUCGAAAGUGUUUGGUCAAGCAGCGGUCAUUUAAGCAGGUGAGCAAGUCGGAAUCGCUAGUUCAGCUGAGCCGUGUGUUCACUUCAAUGGCAACGUAUAAUUUAGAAAAGCAUUUGGCGAGCAUACGCGUGCUUUCAAUACAUUAUCAACGUCCCUGUUCAUUUAUAUGGGAACGCGGUACAAACUGAGCGUGUGAGCGAUAAGUGCAAUCGAUUACGGCUUGUCUUUUCACACCAACCGGGGUAUGGGAAUGGGUAGGAGGCAGUAAGUGACCGUGAGGGUUAGGUAGAGACGUGUCGCAAGGGGAGGGAGGAGAGGAGGGGACAGGGGCGCGGAGACAUGCAUACAGUUAAAUGAUCCUUGCCCGCGGCCUGCUCCGAUGGUUGCAUUGGUCGUAAGAGUCCGCGCCUCUCCAUAAGAAUCCCAGAUUACCUGCCGGUAUGGCUAAGGAAAGGUGAAGUUAAGAGCAUAAGCAGCUCCAUCCUCGCAUACAUGGUUAAUUUUUGGCAUCGUGUGGAUCCCAACAAAACAUUCCGUGUGAUUUACAAGUCCCCACCUACCUAUCCUAUAGGUCAGCGCCCACUGGCAACAACACAAGCGACUGCCAUCAGGCUACAGGGCUCGAUCAUGUGCGCGCAGAACCUCUUUGCGUCUGCCGUGGGAAUUGAUCGAUUGACUUUAUGCCAUGUUUCCGCGCACCUCUCCUCUCCCCUUCCCCUUGUGACACGUCUCUACCUAACCCUCAGUAUCAUCUACUGCCUCCUCUACCCUCUAUCAAGUCACAUAGCCCAUUUAUAUGAAAAGACGAAGGUUAGUCGAUUGCUCUUAUCGCUCGCACUUUUCACUUUGUGCCUCGUUCCCAUAUAAAUGUGCCGGCCUGAUGCGAAUUAAUCGGAGGCACGCGUAUGCUCGGAAAAUGCUCUUCUGAUUUCCUCCAUGGGAAUUUUCGCCACUUUGAAAUGUAGAGUGCACUGAUUCUUAUAUUGCACGAACGGUAAUGCCAAUAAAGCCUCUUAAACGAAGAGAGAUGAAAGUCGUUCGGGAUCAUUUAACAAGCAGUAUUCGGAUUUCGAAAUACGUAUUUAUAUGCUGAACUAAAAUGCAAAGCGGAGUUAACGACAUGCGCGUUCCAACAUCUACUCUAACCCCAUAUAUAGAAGAGCUUAAAGUAUGCAUACUGUUUGCUUACAACACAAUUUUUUUAUCUUCUUUAGAUACUGCAGUUGGCUUUAUUUGCCUUCCAAACAGCGACUCGAUUGGAAAUACGUCCAAAGAAUGUACAUAUGCGGGCUGGGGCUCAGUUUCUCACUCAGGCAUCAUCGGACAUCGGAACGCACCAGUUCUAAUGGAAGGCAGUGUAAAAAUUGAAUCCCAAGACUUCUGUAAAUCGCCCGCGCAGGGUUUCGAAUCUGAAGGGCAAAGUUGCCUUGCAACACGAACUGGUGUAAGCUAUCAACAUAACAUGGUUUUUUAACUGCCCAAAUUUUCGCGUCUAUUUGAAAGUUUCUAAGCGCAUUUUUCCUUUUUAGAAUCCGUGUUGGGGAGACUCCGGCGCUGGUGUCUACUGCACUGGAGUCGAGGGAGCAUGGUUCCUAUAUGGAGUCCUCAAUCGAGGGGACUUCCUUUGUGGGGGUCACUAUGCCACGAGUACAAAGGUGUUUCCCCACCUUGACUGGAUCAAGAAAAUAAUUACGUCAAAUGCAGUUUUCUGAAAUGAACUCUGCGUGAUAUGGGUUUGUUAAGAGAAGUGAUGUGAAUAUCAUUCCAAUUUUAGAACUGCAAACUGUUGCGGAUAGUAUGCUGAUUUCUUGACUGGGAUUACUUUUUUUCUGUUAAAAGCAAGGUAUUAACAAAUAAACAAAAUCGGUGUUUUAUAUUUUAUUAUGAUGGGCUACUCAAAGUCAUUAGCGUAGCAAGCGCGCUUGUAUGAACAUUCAGUUUAUGACAUCGGUUUUAAACGUUUUUAUCACCGAAAACUAAGAUAUUUGUCAGGCGUUACAAUUCAAAGUGAGAUAUGUGUAUGCAGCCGUAUCUGAUGGAAAUAAGACUGUUGGGGCUAAGGGUUAUAGUAAGGGGUUAGAGUGAGGGGUUGUUGUUAGGGGUCAGGAUGACUAUUUCUAAACCACUCAAAGCAAAAGCGCGCAUUUCCAUUAGCUUUUAUUUUGCAUACAAUUACUUGGCCUAUUCGGAUUUGAGUAUCCCGGCCCCACCUAUAAAAACCUACUACGACCGGUCCCAUAUAACUCUUGGCUAGGGGUUAGUUUACCUCAGGUGAGGCUACGUAACCUUAUCUGACCCAAUCCGAAUUCCUCGUAAUAAUGUUCCACAAUAUCGAUAUACCUAUCGGGAAGUAAGAUUUCUUGUCACUGUAACAUAACGCUGUGUUUUGGCUAACUGUGCAGGUUAGUUUAUUGGUGAGCACACUCGGAUCUCGUGAAAUGCAUUGAGGAAUUCAGGAGACGACGAUUCCUAGAACAAGAAGUGUACUGGUCUGACGUUUGAGAUUCUUACUCGAAUCUAUAGUCAGACACAAUUGUGGGUAAUGGUGGUGGAGGAAUAGAGAGGGCAGAAUUAACAGUACGAAGCUGCCGUGGGACCACAAAUGUACUAUAAUUAAUAGAUAAAAUAAGAUAGCUCUCGCGAUCACCGAUGGGGGUCUUAAUUGACACGUUCAAGGCUCAUCAGUCUGCGUACGAGUUGUUAACUGCUGCGACUUCAUCAUACAUGUUUGAUGCUGGCAUGACAAUUAAUCGGUCAUUUAGCUAGCUGUCACUAAGAUUGUUGCCCGCCGCGCGCUAUCCACGGGACUGAUUUCCCUGUCCAGGAAAAUUCUCCAUUAAAUAUGGUAACGGGGUUUAUUGCGCUUGUUGAUGGAUUGCGGGACUGAGAACCAUGACUCGAGCGGCUCACGCGGUUGCCAACUAGGCAAGAAAGUUUUUUCACUGUGCAUGAAUGCACCCGUUGCAUGUGCCUCAACGAGGUGCCUGCAGAUGGCAAAAUCUGUCCACGACAAUCUGUGAAUGUAUCAGACGUUUUUUAGAGGUAUGUGAAUUCCCAAAGCAAUAUUCAGCAUAUAAGUUGACGAGCACACAUCGCUUUCGAUAAAUUCAGCGGUGACAAAGAUAUUAUCCACAAAACGACCGUAAGGUUUAAGCACAUCUGUCGAUUACACACAUUGAAGGAAAAUGUUGUUCCCGAAAGCUCCUUUACAAAGAAACGCUGCAAGUGAACUUCUAAGAGGACGUCUUGAUCAAGUUGUCUCGAGAUCCUUCCCAACAGCAAGUGUCCGAAUAUCACACUCUACUAACUCAAUUUUACGCGCAGAAGGCAAGGAUAGGCUGCCAACUCAGACCACCUCAGUGUGCAUCUAUUCCUUCAUUUGUUCCUAUGGGCCAAGCUAUAUUGGUCGUACGAGCCGACGUCUUCCCAAAAGAAUACAAGAACACCUCCUCGCAUGGCUAGCAAAAGACGAAAUUAGGGAAAUAAAAAGCGCCAUCCUUGCAUAUGCACAUGAUUCAGGGCAUCGUGUGGCCCUCGCUGAAGCUUUUCUUGUGAUGUUUAAGGUCCCCACGCACUAUCCUAAGUGCCUACUAACAACAGAAUAAGCGGCCGACGUAAGCUUAGGGAAACCGAUCCUAUGGUUGGCUGACCACAUGCAACUUCCUACCACUUUUCGCUCUUCCAGAGCCUGUAUUUUAAAACUAACUUUUAUAGAUUUUUCGAUCACUGGCAUGUUUGACUAUACCCCGUUCCCAUAAAAUUGUACUGGCCUAAAGAGAAUUUAUCGAAAGCGAUGUGUGCUCGUCAGCUUAUAUUCUGUCUUUGUGUUUGGUUUGGGUGCAGUGAUUGAAUGCUAGAGAAAGUGUUUCUUGCAUCUAUUCCCCAUACGUACAGCAGACCUAUGGCCACACUUGAUAAUAGAUUUUUGUCUCAUCUACAUUACUAUUAUGUGGCUUAUUUCCUCCUUCAAGUGUGAUUUAAAUUUCCUAAGGUACGUUAGAUGUCUGUAUAGAAAUGGACGGCACUAUCAGCACAUUAGAACUCCAACAUUAAAAUUGCGUAGUAUUCAAAAAACUGCUCUACAUCCGCCAAUUUACUAUAUGACCUUAUUCCAGUAAGUGAAUCUUAUAAUGUACGUUGAAGCAUACAAUCAGUGUUGCGCAUGUAGAACCACAUAUCCCCUUGUCAUGACAAUGACUAGUCUCUAACCGAUGAACGUCCAUGUUAAAGCACCAGUAUGUAGCCACAAAACGAACAAGUGUUCAAGCGCAAAAUAUGUGAAUUGACCUUAGCCCAUUCCAUUUUACGGGAAACAAAACAAUUGUUCAAACCGUCAGUAUUCAUUUACUUAAUGCAUUGAAUCAGGAUUUUGAUAAUGUUUAGAAAUACAAUCUUCUGCAUGAGUUAAUUUGAGCGAAACAUUUGUGUUGAACCUUUGAAUUUUCCGUUUGUUACAAGAAAGCGAAUUAUAUCGAAAGUUUAAAAAUGGAACAUGAAACGGAUAUCGAAUUUUUUCCGAAACCAGUCAGAUAAACGAAUUUCUUCAUGUGUGACAAACAACAGCGCUACGGAAUGUGCCGUACCGUAGUUAUUCUAUGCAUAAUUGGUGCAAUCUCAAUUUCUGAGGGAGACGUUACUGGAAUUCAUGCAGUAAUUUAAUAACUUUAGUAGACUAAGAAAUACAAUGUCCUGCAAGCCUGAUAAUCAGACUACCGCUCUAGAUAAGGAUGUUUCUGUCCCACAUAGCGGGCGAAGUCCUGAGAGGUGCGUGAUAUCGUCGGACACUGCGCAUAAAUGAACGCUGAGCUGACCGAGGAGUUUGGAUUGAAUUGCCAGUCCGCGCUCUUUAGGGCCAUGCCUUCAAGUGCGCCGUAAUAAUGUCAUGCACGUCAGAUUGCUUACAGUAAAGAGAAUGCGUUGAGAGUUGACCACACUCUCUUCACUUUCCCCUGCAUUAAUCGAGUACAUGGGCCGGUCAACCAACUAAUGGCGAGAAUGUAAUAAACAACUAACAGAACUAAAUGUGGUUUGUUUGCUCCUACCACGUGUGCGAACUGCCGAAGCCUGAUCUAACGAAUUAAUGGGGUGACUAUAGAUUUAUUACCAACAUGAUUUCAUCAGUUCCUUUUUUAUGCAUCACCGUUGACUUAUAUAGAAAUUUUCACUGUCCGAAUGCGGUGAACAAAGUUGUUCGCAAUUAUUUCGCGAAUAGCACAUCUCUUUCGCAUUUAUGUUCCAUUAUCAUAUUUAUGAAUUCUCCUUACUAAAGCUGCGAGCAAAGUUUUGCAACUUAACUAUUUUCCCUUGCAUCUGUACCGUCUAAAUGGAGUUUUCAGGACUUCUGUCGUUUACUCUAAAUGUACUGACUGAUACUGACGGACUGCCUGACCCGUUUUUUGCAUGACGCACCAGAAUUUCACACGACACGAGGAACUGCUCGUAGCGCACAUGCACCAGAUGGGUUACAACCAGAGAGGGUCGAAGAAGGCACAUCCGCCUCACAUGAAAACCCCUGGCUCGUAGUUGUGUUGUGCGGCAUCUGUGGUAUUCAUGUGGGUCGCCUGUGUUGAUGGGGAUAUGUGUGAUGAUGUGGUCUAGCCUGCAGUGGCUUACCGGGUGUUUUUUGCGGCGCAUUGGAUAAGGAGGCUUCGCGACAGCUGAAUUUGCAAGGGUAAUGCGUACACUUCAGGCGAUGGUGACAGGUAUAUGUUGGUGUUCUAGGUACUUGUUGGCCAGUCGCUGUGAGGUGAAUACGGUAGUAACCGACCAGUCCAACGUGUGAUGUGCAUGCGUAAGGGCAUCUUGGACAACAUAGGUUGGGCGUGGCAAACACGAUCCCAAUGUCAAUGCUGCGUCUGGGGAUUCUACUGGUGAAUGGGGAGUUGGCAGUGUAGGACACGCGAAGGACGCUAUCAGCAACACCCCAGAUACACAUGACCAGAGAGUUCAGAGUUACUGUAAGAAUUCAUUAUUAAAUUUCAAACUACCUGACCACGCCGUACACUUGCCUUACGAAGUAACCUCUGCAGGCUUGUGUCUGUUCAUCAAAACAAACGGUUCAUUCAAAGGAAAGUGAUCAAGUUGUUAGAGGCAAAUAAGUCUACCAUCUGGGCACAGUUAUUCUGUUAGUGGAAAAGUUAUGUAGUGUGCGAGGUGGGUUUGUUGUGUUUAUGUUACAGUGAAUUUCGCGCUCCUGUAUACGGAUGUAGCUGACUAGGGCUAAUGUGGUAAGUAAAUGGGCUUGGGCAGUGUGGAUAAGGGAGAUGUAUGUGGUGAUUCUAUGAUGAGGCCACCGGCACUGAUGUCCCCGCAUUGGCGCAGUCAACUGCCAGUGGACCGGUGAGGCCGUCACAUGAAUUGAAGGGGCGACCAAGGAGGACAUUUUGGGAUCGAGUCCACAUCGCAGAGGGUAGGGCAGUGGUUUCGAUGCUUGUGUUCGUCGGACAUCGAGACAGUUUGCGUCAGUGGAAACUGGGAGACCUGGUAUUAUGCGUCGUCUCGGAUGUUAUGACAAGGAAGAAGUUACUGACAAUAGUCAGUAGUAGCGGAAGAUUAUACGUGUGAUCACCAGUGGGGAGUGUAAUCGCCAUUAUUUCUCCCACGAGAGUUUGCGCAGGAUACAUGUAGACGCAGACUGUGAGUUUGCUGGCCCGCCCUAGUAUUUUUGUGUCCUAGAUCCUGUCCUGUAGAGUCGGCAAUUACGUACUUGCUUCAUGAUACGGGUUCGGCCGCGCCAUCCACAUGCGUUGUCUCCGCCUUCUGUCCUCCUUAUUCUGUCUUCACACCAGCUGAAGGUGGGGAGGAGGUGAAAAUAUGGUAGAUGAUGCGCAAGUCUUGCCUCACUAUAAACCUAUUCACGUACAAGUCACCGUGCCUGUAUACGGAUGUAGCUGACUAGGCUAAUGUGGUAAGCAAAUGGGCUUGGGCAGUGCGGAUAAUGGAGAUGUAUGUGGUGAUUCUAUGAUGAGGCCACCGGCACUGAUGUCCCUGCAUUGGCGCAGUCGACUGCCAGUGGACCGUUCAAGCCGUCACAUGAAUUGAAGGGGCGACCAAGGAGGACAGUUUGGGAUCGAGUCCACAUCGCAGAAGGUAGGGCAGUGGUUUCGAUGCUUGUGUUCGUCGGACAUCGAGACAGUUUGCGUCAGUGGGAACUGGGAGACCUGGUAGUCUUCGUCGUCUCGGAUGUUAUGACAAGGAAGAGGUUACUGACAAUAGUCAGUAGUAGCGGAAGAUUGUGCGUGUGAUCACCAGUGGGGAGUGUAAUCGCCAUUAUUUCUCCCACGAGAGUUUGCGCAGGGUACAUGUAGAGGCAGACUGUAGGUUUGUUGGUUUGCCUUGGCUGCUGAGAAUUUCGGCCCGCCCUAGUAUUUUUGUGUCCUAGAUCGUGUCCUGUGGGGCUGGCAACUCCGUAUUUGAUUUGGCACUGCGCGUGACUCUGCUGUCUGAAUAAACGAGAUUGUUAAUAAUACUGAUUUGAGCGUCGCUGACAGUAAGACAAAGGGCGUCGUAUUCAGUCUCGUGGGACGGCGGAUGCAUAAUUUUUCAUGCAUCUGGUAAACAGCAGAAAUACGUAUCACGACUCAUAUCAAAAAUAGGGAGAUUAGGACACGACAGUGGGUACACCACCGUCUGUCAGGUACCAUUAUGGUAUAUUCUUAGGCGGAAUGUAUUCUUGUGCUGAAAGCCUGACUGCAACUUUCCAUUUACCCCUAAAAACUACUUUUUCUUGGAAUUUAAUGCAAAGGCAUCUGUAAUAUGAUCGGACACGUAUUCACGUGUCCUUACCUAGGAAGAUUUAACUUGGAUUCGAUAAGAUGUGCGCAGUGAUAAACACUAUGUCAGCUCAGGUCUUGUUUUCUGGCAAUCUUUCGUGUUUAAACUUCUCGUCUAUUCAACACAGAUGCCUGUCAAUAUCUGCGAAAUUUCUGACCUACUGUGUGGGAUAUCGGUACAAUCUGAACAGGUUGACCAACUCUCCCUCAUCUCUGGUAUUCCUCUGUAUGGGUGAUAUAUUAUCCAACGCUGACUGACAUGUGAAAUGUUAAGACUGCUAAGGACUACUGUUUUGCCGCAAAACGGUAUGACAUAAUACCAAUAAAACAAAUCGCCACAUUCCUAAUUUACCCUCUUCCCGCCCACAGCAUGAUUUCCGAGCACGACCUGAAUAUUUAUCUCCACGUACUCCUCCUCCUCAUCCUCCUCGUCGUCCUCCUCCUAUAUAAACACAUGUUUACCAUACACUUGAGACAAGGAUGUGGCGUAGAAGCCAUCUCAGUUUUGUAAAACGCUUCACAGAAACUGUUGCCCAUCGUGAUCAUGAUCAUAACGUCCCCUUGCUGACGAAAUGCAAAAUCAAUAAGGCCGGUAGAAAUUAUGUAAAGUAAACGGUCUGCUAUAUCGGAAGCUGUUGCAUUAAGAUGUAUCAGCCAAACGUUUCAUUGUGCAUUGCUGACUUUGAGAGAGAAUAAGAAGGCUAAUAUGGGAAAGCUAAUAAAGAAUUUACCAUGAUUAGACAUCUUUAGUAAUUAACAUUGUACCGAUUUCCAUAUUUACGCUUUGGAGCCAACUCAGGUGCGGGGUUUUUGGCUCUUCAGUAUUUAGGAACUUCGAUUUUCUCUUAUCAGAUUUGUUAAUGCUGCUACACAGUGAAUAGAUGCAAUAACAUCAACGUCGACAGUCAUUGAAGAUGUGUUAAAUCAUUUAUUGUUCACCUAAGAUUCGCCUUUCAAACAGGAAUCAUACGGCCCCGCUAAGUGUUGCUUAAUCUUCAGGCACGUUUCUGUAUGCACCAGCACCAGGGUGGAGUUUAAAAACUGUAUGCGUCGAAGUCGGUGACUGUGCAUGCACUUUUAUCGCUCAAAUCUUAACUUCCAAAAAAGAUGGAAAAAAGAGGAUUGCUCUGACUCAGGGCUUAUCAGGUAUGUUGGCAUUCACGUCACACCAUAAUUUUUUGGCGAAAUAUGUGAAAUCAUAUUAACGUAAGUGUUUCGGAGCUAAAGCAUGGAAGUUCCCAUGGUGAUCAUGGACGACUACCUGAACAAGUUUCAGAUUUAUUUAGCUAAAAGAAUUGCAAGCGAAUCCACGGACUGCGUUUACUGUGCUUCAUACUGCCCGAGAUUGAAACUCACGUUUCUUGACGUCCUCACGCCUGUGGGCCACACCCCCGUUUGCUAUUUCUAACGCCUGUUCAUAUAAUUUAACUUAUUAUCUUCGCUUAAUAAGACACUAUGGAAACGAUAACACUCGCAAUAAUAAUGUUGUUUAGUCUUUAUGCCACUUAUUUUAGCGAUAUCCCUUUUUAUCAGUAAAAUUUUGGGCAAAUUUUAUGCUAGUUAGGGGAUUUUUACGGUUUGAAAUUGUACAUCAAUAUAUUUUUAUUGUCGUCUCAUUUCCAACUGAAUAGGCGUUUACUUAGAUAAAACACAUAAUUUAGAUUUUUAUAUAUCAUACACCAUAUAUUAAUGUUUGGGAUAUCUACGAGAUGGCUCUUUCGAAUGCUUCCCUCAUCCAUAUUUUUUCCGCCAUUUUUGUCUUGGUGCUAUCUGCUGAAUCGCUUUAUAAAUAUAAUAAUCAAACAUAUAUUCCUUUAGUUUAUUCAGGCAGGCCGUUUUGACAAAAUUGGAGGCUUAAGUGUUAACAGAAAUCAGGGAAACGGGUUGUUAGUCAAUGUUCACGAGAAGAAAUGGUAAGUUAAAAAUUUGAAAUGUUGAAAAAGGGAAUGUCGACUUACACAUGCAGCUAUAUCGAUUCAGCUUUAUAAACCAUAUGAAAGAUAAUUAAGCGAGGGAAUGAAAUGCUUUUUUUCUAAAUUUCGUUUCCAAUAUCGACAUGAAGACGUCAAGCAAAUAUUCUUUGAACAUGUAUUACAGAUGUUAUGUUAGUUCACAUUUUUUUAAUCAUCAUCUCAUGACCAUUACGGACUUAUCAGCCGAACUGACACAAAAAUCUAAGAAUAUGUGAGCAUUAAUGCAUGCAUCGCGUGAACACUUUUGGCAGGAACGCCGACCACCGAGAAGUGAUGCUCUUAAUGAUGGUCUGAAAGACCGAUGUUGCAUUUUUACUCCAUUUUGCUAAUUUUGUUGCUGAUAGAGUUCACUGCGUCGAUCGCUGAGAAAUUUAACCUCCUUAUACAGGUUAGACUUUUAUUUCGAAUUCUCGUUCUUUAAACUAAGAAGGUUUAGGUAAAAUGUGGGGAAAGCUGUUAAACAUGGACAAAUUGGUAAGGACCACUUGCCAAAUAACUGCCACAUCGAAAGAAAAGAGGUGCUUACUUUAACAGUUUCAUCUCUGUGACAUAUAAUAUCUUUGUUAAGAAUGAGACAAUUCACUUAAAUUCGCCAUGUACAAUGGACGUUUUGACAUGACUGAUUGACGGUGACGUCAUUCCCCAAAUCCCCAUUAAGAUUUUUUGCGAGAAAGUUUUUAUUUUGUGAAAUCAAGAUUGAUACAGGCUGUGAAAUAAGUCUUCAUUCAUGGGAAGGGGCUGCAUAUUAUACAUUUUCUGUCGCCUUACCGCGGUCAAAACUAAUAAUUAGGACUGCGUGCUGCUAUUUGUGAGUAUCAAUGUCCCGGUUUAAAAGGAAAACACAUCAUUUCACGAGGAAUUUGCCAGACAAAUCAUAUAACUGAUAGGGUUUGGUAGUUGGUUGGACCCAAGGAAACGGAAAAUGAUAUUGAAAAACCUAUUGCUUUUUGAAAAUGUUGGGGACGGUUUUACGGACAUACUGGCAGUCUGUCUUAUCCGAUCAUCAGCGCCAAAAUAAUUAAUAAAAUUAAUGCCUCCGCUUUUGCUCGUGAGCUGUGUGAGUAAAGUCGAAGCCCACUCAGUGAGAAACUCACGAACGCAUGUAACCAUUACGAGUGUCACUGCAUUCAGCUCAGUUUCGUGACAUUCUGCCAAGGCCAUCGUGGUGAGCUUUGUCCCCAUUCGGCGCUCGCCUGCGCGACAAAACUACACUCACGCACGUGUGAAGAUUGAACUUGGUGUUGAGCGCGAUCGAUGGUGCCUCACCAGUCUUGCGGGCCUCUCAUGAUCGUGAAGCUACGAAUUUCAAAUGCGCCUGCGUACUAGGCACGUAGAAGGGACACAUUUAGUAGUAAGGCUUAUUUAAUUACACAGAUUGUGCCGCCUCAGAUCGUUGUAUUUUAUGUUAACUUAUUGACUUGGCAAUAUUAUUAGUCAAGUACGUUCUAUCUUAAUUUAAUUGGCAUUACGCAUGUGAGUGUAUUAUACUGUUUGAUACUUUGCCUAUGAAGGCUACACGAGUGUACCCUGAUUUCGAUAACUACAGCAGAAACAAUAAAGGAUUGACUGUCUAGAAAUAUAGGAGAUCAGUGACGAGAUCGUAUACGAAGCAUGAACAAACCGUCAUUGACCGCCCUCAUUAAAUAUUAGUCAAAGUCUGAGAUGCGUUUACGAUUAUGAAGGCACAAUUAGAUGGGAUUUUAAUACGAAUUGAUAUCCGGCACAAUGCUUUUAAUUUAAGAACACACCUUCAUAACGUCCGUUAAAAUCCGCAGUUGUGAAAAUAUAAUCGUCAUACUGGCACGCAUUUUUUACAUUAAUUUUCAAUGUCCGCAUGAAUGUUGCCAUAGUUCAUAAAGAAGCAUGCAUAUCUUAUAUUAAUUUGACAAUUAAUCACGUCUUUUUACAUGUUACAUUUAGAAAAAGGGUGUUUUUAGGUUUUGGAAUAAAUUGAAACUUCGGAAUAGUUUUGUUCCAAAUGGCUCCUCAGAUUAACGUAUAACGAUUUGAGUCUUCAAGAUAUGUGCUCUACUAAGACAUAUAUUAAAACUAAUAAAGACAACAAAAUUAGUGCGAAAAAAUGCAUAUUACUUGAGCAGUCCUCGUUAAACAAGUAUGAACACAAGCCAAAAUCCGUUUCAAUCUGAAAUUCCAGGGGAUAAGUAUUAAAAAGUUACUUAAGCCAUUCAUCCUAAGCAUAAACGCAUUCCAUAAUUCCGGCUUAGUUAAAUGUGAUCACUCACUCACCGUGUGAUGCUAGUUUAUUCAGGCGGAUGGGUCUAAGAGUUGUUAAAUCUUAUUGUGGGUGCAGGACUAUGGUACAUUUGUUUACCACAUGAAGACACCAACACGCUGCACGUUUACCUGAAGAGAUAACAAUGGAAGACGCCUACUUUGAUAGCUUUUAAAAAACAGUCAGAUCUCUCGUUUCACAUACGUCUACGGAGAGUGAAACUCCCUUAUGGUAUUACUAACGCCUGUUCACGUAGUUAUACUUAUUAUCUUCUGUUUUGCAGUAAUGCCUUGCCUUAUGAGACACUAAGGACACGUGCACACUCGCAAUAAUAGUGUUGUUUAGUCUUUGUGUCACUUAUUUUAACGAUCUGCUUUUCUCUCAAUAAAUUUUAACGCAAAUGUUAUGCACCGAGAAGUGAUGCUUUUAUUUCUGAUCUGAAAGACCGCUAAGGCAAUCUAUCCAAAACAUCUAACAGUUUUACUCCAUUUGCUUAUGUUGUUGCUCAUAGCCGCCAAAACCGAACGCCUCAACCUUUUUGAGCGUAUUUCAACCCCCAAUACAUAAAUCAAAAAAAGUUAGAGUUCAGUGCCUCGAUCGCUCAGUGACUGCAUAGUAAAUUGGGCGGCAGUACUUACUCACGUGUAAUUGGUGCGGUCGCUGUUGUCUGAUCUGGCCCAACUCGAUUAUGUCUCCAACUAGAGCUCUCCACGCGUGACGAUCUGCGACGGUGAAUCAAACGUUUGCAUCAUUCCUUCCUCCAGAAUUAACUAGUAACCUCCAUGAUCUGACGAACUGUAUCAAGUAAGGUUUUUCUUUUACUUCGACUCCGACAUCCACAGGUAGUCAACGACGCCGAAUUGGGGUCAACAACACUGGAUUUAAGAAGCAGAUGGUGAAGAACCUGCUUCGUUCAUGUUCCUUAGAUGACCUAAGGUGUUAUCUCGAGACUGCGGCAUGUGAGUACUCCCUUAUUUGAGAUAAAGCCUCCGCACUCGGUUUGAAGGGUAGUCCUCAGGCUGCGGUGGUCGAAGUCCUCCAGUUUUUGCCUAUUGCUCAUACAUAUAUUUCAGCAUUUACAACCGUACAGGAGGGCUGAUUUUGGUGAUGCCUGGAACGGGCUAAUCUUUGUGUCAAUGAAGACAACGUAACGAGUCGUGAGCACAAUCUCAAGAUUGUGAAAACCUCCGAGAAGCAUCUACUCGGGAAAGGGGUCGUUAUGUAGUCGUUCUGUCAUCAGCAGCCUCACUAAAAGGUAUUUUAAACUGUCUGCUUCUUCAUUUUGACGGUUUUUUAUCCCGAAGAACGCACUGUUCUGAUCAUUGAUGGAGUGUGAAAAUACAGGCUAACGGGCUAGUGGCCCAGUGUUAGGGGCAUGGACUUCCACUUAACAGCUCACGAGUUCAAGCAUCGGGUGUUCCACACUUCGGCGUUGGGUAUGACUGGCUGACGACGGCUAAUAAGCCAGAAAUAGCCAUUUCAGUCCCCCUUGUCUUUUUCGAUAAUGGCAUACUACAUCUAAGAAUUAUGCAACGACUUACCAUACUAACAACACAGGUAUUAGAUUAAAGCCCAGACACGCGUGUUUCGUCGAUCUCAUGCCGCUGCCUGACGCAGCUGCGAGGGGUUCGGCUCGUCAGUAGGUCCCUCAGCUUUCCCCAUGUGUUUUCUGGUAUAUGAACUCCAAUUUCAACUUGCCUUGUUUAGUUACCGAACUUUUACAAAUAAACAGGUCGAUUUGGCAACUUUAUUUAAAACUAACACCACAGCCUGUAAGAAACGAAGGACUAGGACUAGAAGUUUGAUAUAAGCUGAGUAGUCGCGAUCAGUUACCCGGUGCCAGGAUGCAAAUCCCACACUGUCAGAUUCGUUUUAGUCCCUUUCAAGAUACGAGUCAUUGGCGUACUCGAUCCGCAUAAAUAGUGUUAUACGUCCUUGUCGGACGAUAGGCUAUUUAUCAAAUGACGCAAUAAUAGUUUUGGAUAAGAAAGUGUGCAUUGCUGGGAGGAUAUUAGGCUUUUGAAAUGGUGGGGAUUUUUGCCGGCAAGUCAAAAGGUCUCAGGAUGGACGAACUCGAACACUGCUGCAGAGUAAACAAAGAUAAAAUGCCAGUCUCCAGAAAAACGGGAAAAUUUUAAAAAUGGUUCUAAUGUUAAUAUUUCAUCCGCACAUAUACGUCCAGCACAAGUCACGUACACUCCAAAACCACCUGAAAAUGACGAGCCAGUAAGCCUUUACGACAGUGUCCAAUAUACGCAUUCCUGGGUGAUUUUCGCAAGCCCUCCAGUCACUUACUGGAGCCAGGACGCCAGGGUGACAGCGCAAGUCUUGUAGAUUCUAGUGAAAAUGUCGUACCUUUCGGACGUCGUGUUCUUGUACACAAUCCGCAUUGUCUUUCUAAGAGGGGUGGAGGGCACUGCAUAGAAUGGAAUGGAAUAAACGUCUGCUGCAAACGAGAACGAUGGCGUGAUUUGUUGCACACCGAAGAUGUGAAGGUGUCCCGAGUGCUCACGCUAGUGCUGGAGUCUGGCCGAUCUGUCACUACUUAAACCCUCAUUCACAUCUCGGACAAAGUGAUUUAUUUCAGCGGACACUGCAAUCACUUGAACAAUAAUUUGGUAGUGUUUACUGCUGCUGCUGCUGCUACCAGUAUUUGAGACGAGAGUCGACAUUUCAGACCGACGGUCUUUGCAGUCAUCUCUAGUCAAAUCUGUUGUCAUUUAUCGAAUCUGACAAAGCGAAUCAUUUUGGUGAGACUUAUGAUUCUAAAGGUACACAUUUGUGGACCCACAAUGCAUGGAAAUUAUGAUUUCAAUUGCGUUAUCACGGCACAAUAUUAGGAGUGAGAGUUAAGCAACCCGGACUACUCCAUAGGUAGGCGUCGAUGGACAGUAAAUACACGAAUGCGCAUGCAUCCAUCUACAUAUUUAGCCAUGGACUGACAGCUUGAAUUUCUCGUCAGUUCAACAAUGACCACUGCUACUUAACGAAGACGAAUUUCCUCUGAUUCGCAGUUGCCCCCUCCUCAAUGAAAUUCGGCUUGCUCGAGAAAUUAAAGACUUAACGAUAGAGGUAUGUGUUCUAAGUAUUAUCUCUCUUUAAGCGGACAUUUGCCUGUGUUUUAGGUGAAGGAUAACAGCCGGUUUCACGCCCACAGGAUACUACUAGCGGCUCGUAUCCCUUCUUUGCGAGCAGAACUCAGUGACCCUCUUGAGGAGAAGAAGUCGAUCGUAAGAUGGCCAGGAGUCCCUCUAAGGUACAAGCUUCAUUCCUUCUCUGAUUUUGCUAACUGGUGAUACAUUUUCCAGCAUAGCAACUGCGAUCCUAAAUUACGUUUACACCGGUCAGAUAGAGAUUACGCAAACAAACGCUAAGGGAUUGGUUAUGUUUGCAAAAAUGGUGGGGAUUCCGGCAAUAGAGUAUUGCGGAGUGGAAUUUAUGGGCAAGAGGUAAGCAUUCUCCAUAUAUGAAUGUCAAACUGUCCGAUCUAAAGCCUCAGUUUAGAUAAUCUGGCAGUCACAUGGGACUUUGCCAGAUCUGUGAAUAGCGAAUUGCUGACGAACAAGUGCAUCAGGUUUAUGAGAACCAAGUUUGAGAGCUUUGUGCACAGGGAUUCGUUUAUCUCGUUGUCAGCGGACACUGUGAUCACGUUGCUUCGAUGUGAUAAUCUGGCAGUGAAUUCCGAGGAAGAAGUGUUUGCGGCCAUUUCAAGAUGGGUGUGUUCUGCCUGUAGAGAGGCCAAUAAUGAGAGGCUUAUUUGCAUGCUCCCCUCAUGCUGAGGGAGGUUCGAUGGCUCCAGACGACUAGACAAUUCCGCAGCCGUCUAGGCAAUAGUCAUCCAGUGUUUCAAAAAAGUCUCGAAUGUGCGUAAGUUCAUGCUUCUCAGCCCCGUUAUUAUCUUAUGAAAGUCGACUUAUGCUUCAAGUUGAGCAGUGGAUUGGCGCUGAGGAAAAGGAAAGGCUUCUGUGUCCUUUUAAUCGACGUAUGAGACCUCCGCCAUUUUUUGUUUUCGGGCGGGAUGGACAAAACGGGCCGUCUGUCCUUGGCUUCGAUUCUGACCUGCAGAAGGGAGAAAGAGUUGCUCGCAUGGAAUGGCGACCAUGGGCUUCCUACAGUGUGGUGGGUGGUGAGUGACCUGCGAUUUACGCGGCCUCUUUGAAAGUUUCUGCAUUUUUUUCUGAAUAAAGACACACUCUUUUCGCAGCACAAUUAGCACCACAUAAUGAAUAACACUGUGGUGAUAGGCCCUUCUAGAUCGCCAUGUAUAUUUUCCAGAUCCGCGCAAUUCUGUUGGGCUUGAAUACACUUGAAUCAUAUCCAGAUAAUGAUAGAUGUUUUGUCCGAAUUUAAAGCCCAAUUCCGCAUAUUUUAGUUCAGUAUAUUAAAGGUAAAUGUAGGCUUUGGAUUUUCCGCCUCCCUAUUUCUUAGGAGCCACAAAAUUACGUUCAUAAUGUGGGAAUGGAAAUACAAAAGGAUAACCGAGGGAUUGUCAAAACUGGAUAGAUAAACGAAUUAUUCGAAGUGCUUGGAACCUUGGCAGUACUCAGUCCCUUGUGCAGUAGUCAAUCUAUGGAUAAAUGUUCCACAAAAGAUUUGGUACGAUUUUAGUUAAUAUCAGUAUCCUCGUGCAAUGAAUUUAAGCAAUCAUAAAAUUCAGGAAUGCAAAAGUUUUUCUAAUAACGAAGUAUUAUGACAAUUAUGCACUUUUCAAACGGAACGUCAUGACGAUAUUUGAUGGGUGACAUUAUGAUGUGUAGCAAUAUAAUGAUCCAUCUUGCGUUUAAAAACCUCGACCGACGUGCACAUAACGAUAUCUAAAGGCAGAGCAUUCCAAUCUUCGAGGACGUUUUUGGAGAAGAACUUUCGUGUGUCCAGCCUGGCGCCAGUCACAUGUAAACGGCAGCAGUCUUGACCGCGCAUGAUACAGACUGUUUGUAACAGGUCGAACCCUAGAUGUCUGUAACUCAAAAUAAAAUGUCGCGAUGAAAUAAUCGUGUUUCGUUGGGUAGUAAACCAUGCUUACUAACACUUUUGGUUGCCCGCCAUCGAAAUUCCUGACGGAUACUGAGGUUUUUGGCGGCAUAGGGUUUCCACGCUUUCAUAUCAAAACUCAGCUGCGGCCACACAAACGUAAGAAUGACGUCGGCGAAGCUUUCUCCCAGUAAACACAAAGAAAGCCUGCUUUCCAAGGUUCAGGACUGAUAGCGCGGAUAUGGCUACAGUUGAACACUGCAACGACGGUUUGGGUGAGGCCGUGAACCACAAACAUAAGUCUUUCUGUACACCAAUCUCCUGCAAUUGUACGCCAUUUAGGUUUGCAGUUUUGGUUUCACCAACCCGCAGAGUGCUAUAGUUAGUCGCAUUAAAAUACAAAAGUCAGUCCUGCAAUUAUCUCUCAAGCUGGAUCUUGUUUGCCUGCAAAUGCUUUUCGUCUAAUUCACUUCGGACGACGCUCCAAAUAUAACCUCAUCAAAAUACAAUGGACGACACCGGAAUAAAGUUCACUGACGCAGUCGUUGACGUGAAUCAUGAAGAGGGCAGGACCAAGUACGGUGCCUAAGGGACACCGCCCUGAAUCACUACCUCUGCCGACAUAACAAAUUGAAAGCGACCGAUGAAGAAGCUUGGAAUCCACCUCAGGAAAUUAUUCCUACUGCCUAUUCGAAUCUAUCUGUACAGCAGUCGCUGAUUUGGUACAUUAUCGAAUGCGUUAUUGAAGUCAAAAUGUGCUGCGUGCAGUGCUUUCCGUCCAUCAGUUACCUUAAACCAGCCUCCUAAACAGUAUAACAGUUUUUUACACAUAAUCUGCUUCUUAGGAAUCCGUGAUGGAAAUCGCAUAGCAGAUUAUGCUGCUCUAGUAAGCGCAUUAUCAUUCGCCUAAUGAUAUUUUCCGUUAUUUUACAGCAGUAUAAAGGAGAUCAAUUAGUCCGCACAUAGUUGCUGAGAACUUGCCAACACCAUGCAGUAGUUCAGCCCGUGUAGAUUUCUAGUCGGGAGGUAAAAAGACUCCUUUGAACGAAGUUUGGAGGAGCAUUGACAGCGGUUCGGAUAGUUCUUUGGGGAGCACCUUCGUCAAAUUGGCGUUAAGUCACCUAUGCCAGAUAAUUUUUACUCCUCCAGCGUCAGUUUUUCUUUGCAAACUGAAUUUCGGUGAAAGAAACGACCGAAAUCAUCGGACCUUCCAUAAUGUCACAUGCGGAAGGAAUUAAUUAGCUUUCUUCAGCCCUCUUUUAAUGGAAAAUUAAUGUUCCUCUAUCAGUUGCAUCUACUGCUUUAAAGAACAAAUUUUCCUUCUUAGACAAUGUUGUCAACUUAUUUUUCGUUGAUUUUUACCAGUUUCUAUCAAUUCUAACAGGUAUUCAAAACAGCCAUGCAAUAAGCCUUAUCUAAGCAUUAAUGCAUUUCUUUUCCACCUCUCUGGAAGAGAGAAUUUUUUGUAGUUGGGGGUGGAGAACCAUCUGUUUCAAACACCGUAAAAGAGUUUCUGAUAAAAGAACGUCGCUGGUGUAAACGUGCGCCGCUCGCGGAUGAGCGCCGUUGGCACGCAGCCACAGUCUUUCAGGUCGAUGACAGCGUAGAAGGAAAGAAGGUGUUUAUUGGCGUGUUUGGUGGAUGGAAUUAUACAGGACGUCUCUCCUCUUGCGCGGCCUAUGAUGUUUAUCAAGACAGGUGAGAAGACACUGUCGGUGGAUCGUUGUUAUCUUUUUGCAAAAGUUGUUCUUCUUCGCACUCUCACCUCUUCCAUGCACAACCACGCACAACAUAGGUGGUUCAAACUGCCGAAUAUGCGGGAGAAACGGGACGAACCAGCUGCUGCCUACCUCCCUGGCGAUAGCCGCAUCUUCGUUUUUGGCGGUCAAACUGACUCCUCUCAAAUCCUUGCAUCGGUGGAGUUCUGUCAUUUGCGUGCGGACUGGCGAAGGCAGGCAAUGUCGGUGGACCUUUGGCAGCCAGCUGCCCCAAUGAGAACUGCACGAUGCGGACUCACGGCCACACAUUUUCGGGGAGCAAUCCUGGUCGCUGGUGGCUGUGGUGUUGAUGGAAAAAUACAAAACUCAGUGGAAAUGUUUACAGCGCCAGGCUUCAGGUGCCAGCUCGGCCAAUGGACAGAGCUGGCCGGCAUGAAGGAGCCUCGCUGGCGUUUCGUUCUUCUCACCUGCGCGGACGCGGUUUUUGCUCUCGGUAAUCUCGAUUUUUCAUAUGCAAAGGGGUAUUAA